CGGAAUCGUUCACUGCAAAAACACACAGCUCACGCUCACUUGCGAUGGUGCUUUGUCGAGCUCUUUGCGCUGCUGCUGCUGCAGUCACGACCAUUAGCGCUACUGCUACAGGCAGCUACGCUCCUCCGGAUCAUGCCAACUUCACGAUUCCUUCUUACGACUUGAGUUCUCCACAUGAUCAUGCUGGCCUAGUUCAAUCGCUACAAACGCAUGGGAUCGUGGCGCUCCGAAGCGUUCCAGCCUUUGCCGAGUCCCGCGCCGCGUACGUCCAAGCUGCGUAUACUUGCAUGCGAGAUCACCCGACUCUUGAAGCCUUGCUGCAUAAACAGCUCCAAGACGGCACAGAACGCACCACGAUCAGCACCCAUGCGGACGGCUCGGUGGGCGGGUACUCCGCCGUGUUGGAUGUCCACUGUCCCCAGCUGAGUUUGACCCACAAGUCGUACGGGGACGUGCUUCAUUCUGCGUCCCUCCAACUCGCGCGUGUGCUUUCGGAGACUGUGGAGUCGCCGCCGUCUUCGUUGCUCGACGCCGUCGUGCGCGGCGCGCACUUGGACCAUGUCCACCGAUACACGUCCCCGUCCUCGAAGUCGUCGUUUCCGGCCACAGCCGCUGCAUCGUCGGUGAUGUCGUUGGACUUUCACACGGACAAUGGACUGUUCCUGCUCACGUCUGCUCCGUUCUACUUUCACUCCACGGACGGCCACGCUGUCGCCGAUGCACCAUCGGGUCUGGUUCUACAAUUGUCGUUGGACGGUGUACCCACGCAAGUUCGGCCUCGGCUCGUCCACGACGAGCUCGUGGUGAUGGUUGGGGAAGGCUACACUCGAUGGGGGUCGUAUGGCCACUCGUUUCCUGCAGUGUUGCACGCCAUGCAAAUGCCGCUAGCCGCCACCGCCGUCCGCAUGUUUGCCGGCCGCAUGCUGUUGUUGCCCAAAGAUGCCACACUGGCCCAUACCAACCUCACGUUUCAAGCGUACGCCGAGGCAUCGACAAGAUUUGCCUUGAACGAACCCGCCACCGAUCACGACAGGACGAUCUUGGCCACGCUGGGGUGCCCCGUCGGUCGAAGUUUACUCGCGUCCGACUUGAGCUGCGCCUUGGGCAUUUGGACGCCUUCCAACCAAAGCGACCCGUCCACCACCAAAGCCCAAUGUAUGGCGCAUUGCAAUGCCCCCAACAUGAAGAAAGACGUGGAGAUGUGCCAGUCGCUCAAGUGUAUCCGGACGAGCGAAAUCCCCGACGGCGGCACCGAGUGUUGGAUGCUGUGUGUCCAACACUUGGACCAGUGUGCGGUGGCUGACCAAGUGUGCGUUGACCAAACCCUCGUCUGUCCCGCUGCCACGUCACCACACCAGCAGCAGUCGUGGGGAUGGCCUGUCAUUGCGGCGGCGGCGGCAGCUGUUGUCGUCCUCGCACUCGUGGUGUGGAGUUUGCGCAAGCGACGCCACGCGACGGAGGAGAAGGUGCCAUUGCUGUUGGCCUCGCAAGGAAUGAAUGUGACGCAUUGAUAAGGGACGAACGACAAGGAUGCAGGGAUGAAAGGCGAGUUGGAACGGUUCGGAGUAACUGAUGUCGAAAUAGUUGUAAUAACGGUUCUGAAGUAACGUCAAAGUCAGUUCACGACACGUUGCA